AGGAAAAACCAGAGGGGUUGGUGGCCAUGGGGAUUGUGGACGUACCAGGUGUACAAAGGGACCGGUACAUGAGCCCAGCUUUUGCAAUCUGACAGAGGCGGGUGGAAGCAAGUUGAGAGAAAAGACAUUCCCCUGGAAAGCAGCUGGAGGACAGUCUUUGACCCCUGCCUGCACCAGAGGCAGCAUGGACAUCAAAGAGUAUUUUGCCAGAAUUUCUUACCGAGGCUCCUACGACAAACCGGACCUUGAGACCUUGACGGAAAUAUUUCAGCACCACAUCCAAGCAGUCCCUUUCGAGAACCUCAGCAUCCACUGCGGGGAAAGCAUUGAGCUGGACCUGGCAGCCACUUACGACAAGAUAGUGAAGAGGAAACGCGGGGGCUGGUGCAUGGAGAACAACCACCUCUUAUCUUGGGCCCUGAAAACCCUAGGGUAUGAUGUCACCCUUCUGGGAUCAAAAGUUUACGUCCCGGAGUAUGAUGCAUACGCUGAUGACAUUGACCAUCUGCUGCUAAAAGUGGUGCUUUGUGACAAAUCCUACAUUGUGGAUGGCGGUUUUGGGAUGGCCUACCAGAUGUGGCAGCCAAUGGAGCUGAUUUCUGGGAAAGAUCAGCCUCAGACUCCCGGCAUCUUCCGCUUCCUGGAAGAGAAUGGGACUUGGUACCUUGAGAAGGUGAAAAGGAAGCAGUGUGUUCCCAACCAAAGCAUCUCCACUUGUCAUAAUGUGGACAAAGAAGUUUGCCGGCGAGUUUAUCUCUUCACCCUCCAGCCACGAGACAUAGAAGAGUUCAGAGCCCGCAACCUGCACCUGCAGACUGCGCCGGACUCGCUCUUCGUUACGAAGUCCAUCUGCAGCCUGCAGACAGCCGAUGGCGUCCGGGCACUGGUUGGCUGGAAACUUACUGAGAUAAAGUACAAUUAUAAGGAUAACAUGGAUCUGGUGGAAAUCAGAAUCCUUGCAGAUGAAGAAAUGGAGAAAACACUGAAAGAGAAAUUCAAUAUAACACUAGAUAAGAAAUUUGUACCCAUCAAUACAAGCAGGUUGUCUCUGUUUUAACUCACUGUCUGAAUUAUAAUUCAAUCUAGUGGCAUUACAUGCAAUUCUUCCCCCUCUUUUCUGACAAGCUUCUAAAGGUUAAGCUUUCUCUUUCCAUCUACCCCAGUGUAAGGCAGAACAGAUUAGCAUGAAUCUGGAAAAUAAAUUGAUUUUCACAACUG